AUGAUCAAGAAGACACCACAUCAGUACACUUUGGCUGAGGGGCAACCUAUUUCGGACCCCUCGGUCUCCACGACUCUCCCAACUUUCGGUGGUGGUAGCUUGGUCACUCUUGCUGACACGACGCUGCUCGAGACUCUGGCUCAUUUCAACCGUGAGCGGAUCCCAGAAAGAGUUGUCCAUGCCAAAGCAGCUGGUGCUUGGGGAGAGUUCGAAGUUACCCAUGAUAUCUCUCAUCUCACCAGCGCCAAGUUCCUCAACGGAGUUGGCAAGAAGACACCGGUUCUUUGCAGAAUCAGUACUACUGGUGGUGAGAAGGGCAGUGCCGAUACGGUUCGCGAUGUUCGUGGCUUCGGUGUGAAGUUCUUCACUGAGGAGGGUAACCACGAUAUUGUUGGCAAUCACACACCCGUUUUCUGGGUCCGGGACCCUGUCAAGUUCCCAGCGGUCAACCGCUCCCACAAGAAGAACCCUCAAACAAACGCACAUGAUCCCUCAAUGUUCUGGGACUUCCAUGUCAACAGCCCUGAGAGUGUUCACGGUCUUCUUCAUCUCUUCGGCUCCCGUGGUCUUCCUUCGUCCGUCCGUCGCAUCACUGGUUUCGGUCUCCACACCUUCAAGCUUGUCGCUGCCGAUGGAUCCUUCAAUUACUGCAAGUUCCACUUCCGCCCCGAGCAAGGCGUCGACAAUCUUUCCGAAGAUGAAGCUACCCGCCUUGCUGGUGCCAAUGCCGACUACCAUACCACGGAAUUGUUCGAUUCGAUCGCGCGUAAGAACUACCCAGUCUGGGGUCUCUAUAUCCAGGUUAUGAAGCCUGAGGAGGCCGAGAAGGCCGGCCUGAUGACCUUUGACAUCACCAAGGUCUGGCCACACAAGGACUUCCCCCUCAUCCCGGUUGGCAAGAUGACACUGAAUAGAAACCCUGGCAACUACUUCGCCGAAAUCGAGCAGGCAGCAUUCUCUCCAUCCAACAUGGUUCCUGGUAUCACCUUCACGCCGGAUCCCAUGCUCCAAGCUCGCAUGUUCGCCUACCCUGACGCCCAACGCUACCGUCUCGGAGCCAACUACACACACCUGCCACCAAACCGACCCGUGGCACCUGUAUAUGCUCCCUUUGAGCGUGACGGUCUGACCCACACCAGCAACUACGGCGCAGACCCGAACUGGACCCCCAAUACGUCUAAGCCUGCAGUCCAGAGCCAGCAGUCCACACAAGACGUGCGUCAUGGAGAGUUCCUUAAAGGAGCUGUUCUAGGAUUGAACAAUAUCCCUGUGACCGACGCCGAUUUCGUGCAGCCGAGAGCUCUGUGGAGAAACGUCUUUGACGAUGCCGAACGGAGACUGUGCGUGUCAAACAUCUCGGAGACUCUCGUGGCCCUCCCCGCAGAGUUGAGGGCCGCUGUCAUCGACCUGUUUAACAAGGUUGAUCCGGAGAUUGGCAGAUUGAUCUCCGCUAAGCUGAGUGGAUCUGCCAGAUUGUAA